AUGGAGCCCAGCCGCAGCCGGGAACGCGAGGCCAGGGACUAUUUGGAAAAAUAUAAGAUCAUGGAGUUGUUGAACCUGCUCACCAGCGCACUCCUCUUUUUCCGGCCGGAAAAGCCAAGAGAUUAUCUAAUAGCUACAUUGGAAAGACUGAGAAUAGCCCAAGUCACAGGGGUGACUUUUCCUUUCUUUAUGGAUUCCACUAACAUCGUGGCCAUGUUUGAGAUGAUAGACUCCUCAAAUCAAGGCACCAUAUCAUUUGUGCAGUAUAAAGAAGCUCUAAAAACCUUGGGUCUUUGUACUACAAAUGAAGAUCUAAAAGAUGAUGGGCAUGCAAUAACAAUGGAGAAAUUCAAGAAGGACGUGUAA